AUGGUGAGCCGCAGAGCUGCAGUGAAGCUGUCCAAAGAGGUUCUGCAGAGCUGGACCGGGCCAGUGUGGUAUAUAAGUCACCUGAUAGCCCCAAAUCCACAUUCAGUCUCCACCCCAGUGAGACUAGUAUGGAACAGCAGCCAGAAGUACAGUGGCCUCAGCCUAAACGACAUCCUGAUCAAAGGCCCUGAUGUCCUGAACCCGAUCAGAGGUGUCCUGCUGAGGUUCCGCGCUGGUGUCUUCGCAGCUUUAGGGGACAUCCGCAAAAUGUACAACUCUGUCUGGCUUGAAGAAAGAGAAGUCCACCUGCACAGAUUUCUGUGGCGUGACACAGAAGAUGCAGAGAUUGAAGAAUUCGCCAUAACAAGAGUCAACAUUGGAGACAAACCUGCUGGUUGCAUAGCCCAAGUUGCCAUGCGAGAGACCGCCAGCCUGCCUUCAUUCAACCACUUCAAAGAGGAGAGACGUGUCCUCGAAGAGGAUGCCUAUGUUGAUGACAUAUUGACUUCCCACAACAACCUCGACCACCUGAAAUGCCUCACAUCCAACAUUGAGCAGAUCCUUCAAGCAGGAGGGUUCUUCAUGAAGCCCUGGAUCUACUCGGAUCAAAGUGGGAGGAGCGAGUCGAGAGCAAAACAGAAGGGAGCCAUCCUGAUCCGCAGGGCCUUCCAAGAGGCAAAAGUAAUGUACUGCGUAGAAGACACCUGGGAUGCUGCCUUGUCCAGAGAGCUCAGAGACGAUGCCAUAAAGCUCCUCGAAGAGUACGCUGAGCUGAGCCAAGUUAGAUUUUCCAGAGCUCUCACACCGCCAGAUCCAGCUGAAAGACCAUGUGCAAUCACCUUCUCUGAUGGCAGUGAGUGUGCAUAUGGUGCCGUGCUGUACCUGCAUUGGAGCUGCAGCCAUGGUGUCGUAGUAAGGCUAGUUGAGGCCAAGGCUAAGCUGACCCCCCUUGACCAUAAAGGUGACUCUGUGAAAGCAGAAAUGUGCGGAGCAGUCUUUGCAGCACGGCUGAAGAAUUACUUCCAAAAGCACUGCCGAAUCGAGGUCAAGAGGUGGUAUCAUCUAGUCAACAGCCAGACCAUCUUGGGUGCCAUACAGCGUGAAAGUUAUGGAUACCAAACCUUCUACGCAAACAGAGUUGGUGAGAUCCAGAGCAGCACUGACAUCCGAGAUUGGUGGUGGAUUCCAGGUGCCGAGAACAUUGCAGAUAUUAUCACCCGAGGGGCCAGUCCUGAUGACCUAAUCGAGAAAUCCAAGUGGCAGUCAGGUCCGCAGUUCCUUCAGCUUCCUGAGAGUGAGUGGCCAAAAAAGUCAGCGAAAGAUGUUGCUGCACAGGCAAGAGACAACGUCACAAAAACGCAGAAGAAAACAUUCACUGCUGUACUCACCCGAAGUCAGCUGAAGACACAAAGCCCAAUUGCAGUCCAGGACGAAGCACAAUCCAAGUCCAGAAACCCGCCACCAACAGUAGCAGCAGUCCAACAUCUAUUGGACGAAAGGCGCUUCAGCAGUCUAAGACGGCUGGUCGGAACGGUUGCAUGGAUUUGGAGGGCGGCUAAGAAGUUCUUGCACGCCAAGAGGGGAGAUGAAGCAAAGUGGGAGGCAAUACCUUCAUCUGGCGUCAUCACUGUCAGCGAAAGGAAAAACGUGUUCCUGAAACUAUGUCUGGCAGCGCAAGAAGGUGUGAACUUCCCAAAUACAACUACUGACAGGCUUGUUGUACACAAAGACCAAGUAACUGGGAUCCUGAUGUGUGGAGGGCGGAUACAGGCCUUCAAAGAGGACCAUAAUGCUGUUCCCCUGCUACCAUACCAAGCCUGGGUCUCCACUCUCCUGGCCCGUGAAGCACACAGUGAGGGACAUGACGGAGUGGCAGGAACUCUGCUGCGGAUGCGAAAGAGAGCCUGGGUGAUCAGAGGAAGAAUUCUGGCCCAAAAAGUUGUCAACAACUGCAUCAUCUGCAAGAAGGAAAGAGCAAGAACCUGUCAGCAAAUCAUGGGUGACUUACCUGAAGAGCGUGUCAAUCCAGCUGCGCCAUUCCAGUUCACAUCCGUCGACCUGUUCAGACCAUAUCAAGUGAAGGAUGACGUCAGAAGGAGAGCAAGCAUGAAAGUAUGGGGCGUACUAUUCUGCUGUAUGUCAAGCCGAGCCAUCCAUGUCGAACUGGCAAACACUCUAACAACAGAGAGCUUCCUCCUUGCUUACCAGAGGUUCACUUCAAUCCGUGGUCAUCCGCAGAAGAUCUGGUCCGAUCCUGGAACAAACUUCAUUGGAGCGAAACCUGUCCUGGAAGAAAUGUAUACUUACCUGAGACAACUGAACAAAGAAUCACUUGAAGAGUAUGCUGCCAAAAACGGUACCUGCUGGACGUGGAAAAUCCUUCCAGCUGACUCACCCCACCGGAAUGGUGCUGCCGAAGCUGCUGUCAAGGUCACCAAAAGAGCUCUGCAAAGCCUCAGUGGCGGAGGAGGCCUUACCUUCAGUGAGUUCCUGACAGUGCUUAAGCUAGCUGCUAACCUUGCCAACGAAAGGCCAAUCGAUGCCAGAGUUCAGAGCCGUGAGGACCGCAUCAACUACGUAACCCCAAACACACUGUUGCUUGACCGAGCCACACAAACUGGAGACUUCAAAACAGUAGACUACACCACCUACCCCUUCAAGAGACUGCAAGAAAUGCAAACACAAGUUAGCCACUUCUGGAGGUCCUGGAGCCAACUUGCAGGUCCGAACCUGUUCAUCCGCAGCAAGUGGCACACUGCAAAAAGGAAUGUUGCCGUCGGAGACAUAGUGUGGCUCUGCGACCAAAACGCACUGAGGGGGCAAUUCAAGCUUGCAAGAGUGGUCAGUGUGAAUGCAGACUCCAAAGGCAUUGUCCGGGAUGUCCAUGUGAAAGUCCCCCUAGGUGGACGUGCUCAGGUGAAGACUCCAAAGCCAACCGAAAAGUCCUGGGACCCACAGGGUACUACAAUGCAUCGGGAUGUACGACGCCUCAUUGUCCUCCUCCCAGUGGAGGAACAAGUCAGCAGAGACCAGCUCGCCUGAUGGGUGCGAUCUUCCCGUGUCGCGCCACACCAAGAUCGAGUGGGAGGUGUUGCGGCGACCUGCCACAAGGAGUGCCUGAACGCAGGCUCACAUGAUUGACAGCUGCCUCCGCCACUUCCUGCUACGCUGAAUCGCUGCGCUACCACCGCACGCACGCUGCGCUGAACAGGCAGCCAAUCACAACGCUAGUUAGCAGGGCAGCCAAUCACAACGCUAGUUAGCAGGGCAGCGGUCGUUCUAGAACGAUAGGCAGAAUUGACAUUCAGUUUGUAACGAAGCAGCAGCGCAGCAGUUGCAAAGAGAAUUCGCGACUAACACAAACUUUACAGCACAUCAGGGAAAAAAGGACAAAAAAGGCUACCGGUUUUUCACCUUCUAGCUUCGGCUUCAAGCUCCAAGCUUCUAGCUUCUACUUCUGAUUCUACUUCUGAUUCUGGUUCUACUUCUACCUUUUCUUCUGAGAAAACCCACUCCUACCACAAUUCUACUAUAACGUCA